AAUGCGUGACUAAACAUGACUUGGACGAGCGGACAGCCUGACAGGAUAAUGUAUGUGACCACUGGAGAGAGAGAGACAGCGCGAGAUUCCUAAACAGAGCCCUUGGUGAAAAGAGGCUGACACAACUACAUGGACACUAGCACUGGAUAAUGGCUCAAUAAAUGUGGAAUUCAUUGUGGUUUUAGAAGAGAUUAUUUUUAUUUUCUUCUUCUUUUUUUUUUAUCAGCGAUUGAUUUAUUUUUCGUCCUUUUUGUUUUUGGCGUGGACUGCCGGAAUAGUUUUUUUUAUGCUUCAGUUGCCGUUGGACACCAUGAAGUCUCAUAAGAAAUCCAGAGGUCAAGCUCUGGGUCAGCAGGGCAACACCUACUGCAAAGCGGUGACCAAGACAGGAAAUCAGCUCUCAUUGCAGACACACACACACUCUCAGCUGGUGGGCUCUCCCCAGCUCGGCAGUGGCUUGUUGAACAGCCCGCUUCUCUUCGCUCCGACCGGGGCAGCCGUGCUCCAACUGGCGCAGAUUGAGGCUCAGCUCGCCCUCAACCAGCUCAGCGCCCUCAGCAUCAGCAACCAGCACACUAGCAACCCGGUGGCCCUGCUCGGCCUGCUGCGAGCGGCAGCCGCCUCAGCCUGCUCCCCUGCCGUCUCCAUGUAUCGGCAGCCCCAGGGGGCUGACUUCCCUCGGCCUCGGCACCUGAUACCGGUUGCCGUCAACCAGGACAGUCACUCCAUCUCGCAGGACUACCAACGGUCAGCCUUUCCGUCAGCCAUUCCUGAGGACCCGGAGGUUGCCAAGUACCAGAGGAUUAAUACUGGCUUCAGGCAAAAUGCCCCAGCUGUGCAGGACAUGUGCUUCCCGUCCAGGCCCACACAAACCCUGGGGAAGCCAGGUGCUGAGGACUGGGCUCAGUACAAGUCCCCAGGCUCACAGCAUGCUUCCUCUUCAGUGAUGGACCAGUCAGGGACCUCCUCCUGGAACACGUCGCGGUCAGCGGCGGACAGGUCCACUUCUGACUCGGUCGGCAAUUUGCUGGCCAGCUUCGGACUGUCUAGCAAGGAUCUGGAGCUUCUCAGCCGGUACCCCGACAGUCAGCUCACACCAGAGGCCCUGCCUCUCAUACUGCAGGACAUCAAGUGCCGCAAAGCUGGCAGGAGUGCGCCCGUAUCCCCGCCCCACGCACAGCUCUCCAUGCUGCCCCCUCACCACGGCCCCAAACCAGACCCGACCGCAGCCACUGCUAUCCACGCCCCCAGCUACCUGAGCAUGGCCACGCAGGUGCCAGGGAAGGUCAUCGAGUACGGCCAUGCCAGCCAGGAGAGCUUCAAGCGGGUGCCGUUGCCCCCCUCUCCCACCAAGCACGAGGCAGAGCCCGCGGCCAACGCACAAGAGGCGAGGAGCUAUCUGGAACGCCGCAGGAAGCCCAGCCCCGGCGUAAGGCCGCACGCACGAGCCUCCCGCAGCCCGCCGACCGCGAAAGGUCCGACGCCCACUAUGGUCAACGACUACGUGGCGGCCCCGCCCAGAGUUUAUCCCCACACAUGCUCGCUCUGCGUGGUGCAGUGCGAAGACGCCAAGGACUGGCACAACCACAUCAACACGGUGGUCCACACAGCAGGGUGCAAAGACCUCAGGAAUCAGUAUCCUGACUGGAAACCCCCUGGCUCCAGUCUGUGGCCCAGCAGAGAUCGCUCCCCUUCUCAGGACGGUUGGUCUGGGCGCCACGGAAACCGUUCGACCUCGCGCUCGGCCUCGCGCUCCCUGUCAUCCUGCUCCUCGCCGGGUCGCUCCCCGACACGCCACGGACAUAGCGGCAGAGGCUCCGCCUCCAGGGGCCCACGCUGGAGAUCUCCUGACCGCCAAGCCCCGUACAGACACACCCACUCCCACUCCCCACCCUCUCACCACCAGCACCACCACCUCCCCCAGCACCAGCACCAGCACCAGCACCAGCACCAGCACGCACCCCCCCACCACGGCCGGCAUGGGUCCCCUUACGCUCGACAGAGCCACCCACGCCACAGUCACAUUCCUACAGAUGGUGCGUCAGCACGGCAUCUCGCCCACGACCGGCCCAGAGGCCCUCACGAGGCGCCCCGUCGGCGAGCAGCAGCUGGACCUCCAUCGUCCUCCUCCCCCAGCUCCUCCGUGUCCUCGUCCCCGUCCUCCCGGCACAAUAAGAGGCAGCCGUCCACCUCUCCUGGGGGCGAUGGAGCCAAAGCGCCGGAGAGGCGAGGGGCCUCCCGCUCCUCCUCCGCCAACGCACACGGCAAGUCACCAGCGUCCACCUCCAAGUCCUCCUCCACCAAAACUGACCAUCCCAGCAAGUCUCCUGCAUCUAAGUCUGACCCGAAGGCAGCGGCUUCAGAUCCCAACGCAGUCGUGGAACCAGUGGAGAGCAAAAAGGCCGACACUGUUAACAGACGGACAGAAACUACAGAGAAAGUGAAGUGGACAACAGAUGAGAGGGGCAUCGUGCUGAUGUCUGGGCUUCCUGAAGAGGGUUACUCAGAGAGUGAUAUUGUGAAACUGGUUAGCCCCCAUGGAGAGCCAGCACAGGUCAUUAUCGCCACCGCAGAGGGAAAGGCUGUGGUGGUGCUACCUGACAAGAGCUCGGCUCAGGAGAUGGUGAAUGCACCCGCCUGCAUCGGUGACUGUCAGCUCACUCUGGAGCAGCUAUCAGUGUCAGUGGACCUGAGUAGGCCGGUGACACUAUUCCACGCGAUGAUGGGGCCUGACAGGCCUUGUGGAGCGUUGACUGCUUGGAACAGGCUGCUGGUUGUGAAUAAUGUUCCAGACACACCAAAUGGACCCAGAGAGGUGCAGCAGCUCAUUCAACGGUUUGGCAACGUCAGCAGAAGUCUGGUGCUCAACCACAACAAGAUAAUCUUCGAAAUGGAAACGGCUGCCAUUGCCCAGGUCGUCUACAAACGCUUCCAGAAGUUUCCAUGCAUUGUGCAAAACAACCCCUUAUCCUUCUCCAUGAAGCCAGAUGUCAUGUUGGUCAAGAAAAAUGAAGAAGCUAAAAGCGAUCCACCAACCUCCACUCCCUCUACUUCAUCUGAUUGCAAAGCAUCAGACCCGGCAGCUUCAUCAGAUCCCUCUCCGGCGGCCGCUGGAGACCUGGAAGCCUUGCCCAGCCAGGCCACCGCAGCCGAGCGGACAGACAGCGCCUCUGUGGGCGCGGACGCAGGGAAGCCGCCAGCCCCGUGCCCAGCAGGGAAGGACGCCUCCGCGUCUCGGGCGCCCGUGGCGGUGAACGGCGACCGGGAGAUUGCAGCCAAGGGAGGCGGAGGAGGAAGUGAUGUAGAGGCGGCGGCGGAGAAGCUUGACCUGCCGAAGUUCACCCCGGCGCUCCUGCAAGCCCUCCUGCAAGAGUGCAAGUCCCGGUCAGCGCUGAGGUCCUCUACGGAGCCAAAGGGAGCUGAUACCGAAGCGGCCCCAAGCAAACUCUCACCUGCCCCGCCUGCUCCACCUGAAACCACCGUGCCCAGAGGCAUAGACGUUACACAGGAUGAUGACCAUGAGAUGGGAGGCGACCUGGAGGAUGACCUCGCCCCUUGUGAGAUGGACGACCUCGUGACGGUGGAUGAGGUAGGGGACUUUGCCGGGGAACCCGGCCAGCCGUUAGAGGAGACACAGGCGGAAACUGCAGAAGGCCGCUGGGAGACCGCGGGGCUCGCCUCCGAAAACACGGGAGCGGAGCCAGGGGAGGAAGACGAGAGGGCGGAGAGCACAGCACCUGGUGGAGGAGUCAGCCAGGACCAUACACAACAGAACGCGGAGAGUGAGAGCUGCAUUGGUAGUGUUGCCGUGGGUAACCAGCAAGGUGAGAAGGAGGAGGUCAUCACCCCAGGUCCCAUAGAUUGUACAGAUCCGCUGGAGGACGGUCCACACCAGGCCGUUCAGAUGGACAGUUGUGCCACUCUAGACGCUGUGGACACGGCGGGCGAGAAGGAGGAGGCCGAUGACAAACCGCAGGACGAGACUUUGAUAACCACUUCGCCCACAUCAGAACUCACAGAAGGGCCCAAGCGCCGGAGAUCAACGGAUCAGUCUGAGGUGGCCACAAAGAGGAUCCGUAAGGAGCCAACCUUCCCCAGAGACUACAGCCUGCCCCCCUUUGACUCUAAUCGUCCUGUAGGCAUGGAGUUCUUGGAGCCAAGGACAGGCUUCUACUGUCAGGUGUGUGCCAAGUUCUUCUGUGGAGACGAAGACGCCAAGGAGAGUCACUGUCGUGGCAUGGAACACUAUGAGAAUCUAGAGACCUCAUUACAACACUGGAGACUGAAGCUCACCAAUGAGACCUCCUAAUGAAGCUCUCAGAGGAGUCUCCAAGCUCUGCUCAUUCCUACACCUCUUCCACCUGUGGGUCUUUUAUUUCACUGACGCCAAACUCGUGUUAUGUUGUUCAUUUAGUAUUUUUGACCCAUGCAACAAAGGAACUGUAAAGACAAAAAGUAAAUAAACUCUUUUUUUUUUUUUGUUUUAGAAGUUUUACAAAUGUGUCUCUCUUGCAACUGUUUAAAUUAAAAAAAAAAAAAAAAAAAAACUGUGGUUUAGACUAGAAGGGAGCUGAGUACAUGCUGACUAGUCUCACCUUAUUUCUUAGAAUGGGACACAAACACAAGUUUCCCAUACAGAUGCUCAUAACCACUGUGAUCAACAGUAACUACCGCAGAGUGCAUACAUCAGAGGGAUGUGGUUAACCCAGUGUCUCUAAAAUUGGUGCACGCAACAAUUACAAUACUGGUGUGGUGACACUUCUGAUCCUAAAAUGAGAACAUUCAUAUGCAAAUUAGGACAGUAAAAGGCAUCCAUUUGUGAAUCAAAGCCUGGUCAGUGACUACAUACAGUACAUCGCUCCAUGUGAAAGCUUUGACAGGGCCGUGACAAGAGGAUCUGAGGACGGUACGUACUGCAUUAUCAUGACACAUUUUUGUUGUCCACUCACUGCAAUUACAUUGUAUCAGUUCAUAGUGAUGUGAUUUGUGUGGGGUAUUUGUAUAAAUGCCAGUGAAAAUAUCACUAAGUUGUUCAAUGUUCAGUGCACAUAAAGAAA